AUGACCUUGGUCCUCAAAACGGUCCGUCUUUUUCAACAUAUAUCGUGCAACGUGCGUAUGGCUAGUACAUCUUUUAUUAAAGAAGGCUGUGCGGAAGUCAUGCUUCCAGAUGGUGUGUUUUACAACCCCGUACAAGAAUUUAACAGAGACCUUACAAUAGCUGUAGUAAAUCAGUUUGGAAAGUUGCACAGAAGAGAAGCUAUUCUGAAAAUGAAGGACAAAAUGAAUGAAACUCCUGAUUGCCCUCGUGGCCUAAAGAUAUUGGAGGCAUUAGCAGCAUCUGGAAUUAGAUCUGUUAGAAUGGCUCUCGAAGUUUCAAAUGUAUCGAGUAUUAUUGCCAAUGAUCUUAGUCCAGAGGCUGUUGCUUUGAUACAGAAGAAUGUCACCCACAAUAAUGUGGGGAGUAUUGUCAGUACAGUCUGCGGUGACGCUGUGGACCUUAUGCACCAACAUCGGUUACUUAAAGAAAGGUUUGAUGUAGUCGAUAUCGACCCAUUUGGAACAGCAAGUCCGUUUUUAAACACAGCUGUUCAGUGUUUACGUAAUGGUGGACUUCUUUGUGUCACUUCAACAGAUUUGGCUGUGUUGUGUGGGAGCACUCCUGGGACUUCGAUGGGAAAGUAUGGUGGGAUGGCCAUUAAAACAGGCUCUACACAUGAAGUUGGAUUACGAAUACUUUUAAAUGGUAUGCAGUUGGCUGCUAGUCAGCAUGGUAAAGUUAUUGAACCUUUAUUAUCGUUGUCGGUGGAUUUCUACAUUCGUGUAUUUGUACGUGUUUGGUCCAGUCCUAUAUCUGUAAAAGCUAUUGCAGCUAAACAUGGUAUUUGCUAUAUUUGUCCUGGAUGCUUAGCCUAUCACAUACAACCUUUUGGAGAAGCAGUUAAUACCAGUAAAGUAGUUACCGCAGCUCAUGGCCCACCUAUAGGACCUCAGUGUAUAGAAUGCGGUUCGAAAUUUCAUGUGUUUGGUCCUAUUUGGAUUGGACCUUUACAUAGUCGUACAUUCCUACAUGAGUUUCUUUCAGAUUUAGGCUACCCUCCCAAAAACCUUAAUAACGGUACAUCAAAUUGUUUAAAUGGUGAAAAUCACUCAUCUUCAACACAAUUAGAUACAAGUACUGGAUCAGGUGAAUCAACUCUAACAAAUAAAAAUUAUGGCACAUUUAAGCGUAUCAUCGGUAUGGCUACUGUGGCAUAUGAAGAACUUCCAGAUGUUCCUUUAUAUUACAUAGCUGAUCAAUUAGCAUCAGUUUUUGGUUGUACCAUCCCUAAACAACCAGACUUAUAUUCUUGUCUUCUGAAUGCCAACUACCGUGUUUCUUGCUCGCAUGCUGAUAAAAAUUCUCUGAAAACAGAUGCUCCGCAUUCAUUUGUACUCGACUGUUUUCGGUCUCAUUGUGAUAGGAUAAAACAUAAAAUAGAAAAACCUGACCUUGAGUCAAAUGAUGAAGGAAGUUCCGAAACGGAAAUAAAUGCAGCAUCAAAGGUCAGUGUUCGAAGCAGAAGACGCUCCAGGAGAAAGCAGCAUGCUGAUGGUAACUUGGAAAUCUCAUCGGACAUGGAAGAGACAAAUAUUGAGUCGAAUAGUAAUGUUUCGCACAGUCAAACAGUACGUAUCAGAUUAAGAACCAGACCAAUUAAUCCAUCAGUAUCUUUCACUCGUCAUCCACUUGCUGAACCUCCAUCGAAAAAUGAUGGUCUAGUUAGAUAUCAAAUAAAUCCUGAGAAAUAUUGGGGUCCAAAGUCGAGACCGAAAAUGAAGAAAACAUCACCUUGA